ACAUAGGUACGAUGAAUGAAAACCAAAUUGUUGUUAGGCAUGAAUCAGAAGGUGGCAAGACUCCCACAACGGGUGACGAAUCACAAGAUGUUAGUACGAUUACAAAGACCAUUAAAGGCCGUGGUCCGUCAAAAGGUGUUAAAGUCGCUAAGCCUAUGUUCCUUGAGUAUAAUGUAUAUAAUGUCCCCGAUGGACAAUGGUCUCAUGAAUACGGGAAGCAAGUUGGGAGUUGUGCUACUAGAAUUAAUAUUAACGUCCCAUUAUAUCCAAAGGUAGAUGAGCAAAUCAAGAAGGGGUUUUGGGAGGAGACUAAGCUUAUGUUCCACAUUACUGAUGAUUCUAAUCAUUCGAGGGAGAAAUAUUUUCAUUCUUGUGUGGCGAAACGAUUUAGUUGUUUCAAGAGCAAGUUGGUGCGCCGAUGGAUAACUAUGAAGGAAAAGAAGCCAAAAAAUCAAACAAACAAGAUGCCUUGGGAUGUCUACAACCAUAUCACAGAGGAUGAUUGGAAGACUUUUGUUAAACAUUAUUUCCUGCCAGAGUCAUUGCUUCGUAGUGAAAAGGCGAGGAAAAGUGCAUCAUGCAACAAGAACCCACAUCGCACCGGCCAAAAGGGUUAUAAUAGAAAGCGACUAGAUUGGAUAAAGGAUGGACGACUUCCACCAGAUGCAGCUUUACCUAUCUCGAGUAGCUCCUCGGUGAACUCAUCAGUGACCUCAAAUGUUAAUAGAGUUAGAAAAUACAGAUCAAAGGAGUGGAUUUUGGCCCAUCAAGUACAAAAUAAAGAGGGAAAGUGGGAAAUUGACCCGAACGAUACAGAAGUUGUUGAAAUCGCAACAAAAGCUUUAGAGUACAUCGCAGAAGAGGAAAAAGGAAAUCUUUCUUUCGAACAGGGUGAGGAUGCCCUCACUAAAGCUAUAGGGAAAAAAGAUCAUCGUGGGCGUGUCAAGGGAACAGGUGGCAUGGUUGGUAUCAAAAAGGCUUUCGGUCCGUGUAUUCGACAUAGUAGAAGUGACCAUGGUGAAGCUUCAUCAGAAAAUUACGAAUCAAUCAGAGCUUCUGUGAAAAAGGAGUUUGAAGGUGAAUUAGAGAAAAGGGUAGAGAAAAGGGUGGCAGAGGCCCUCCAAAAGCAACUAAGCACCUUGUUAAAAACAGGACAACUAAACUCCAUUUCUACCCCGAUACCUGAUGACCUCCACUUAAAUGAUUCUGCCAGAGUUGACCUUGAUGUUAGUGCUACAAGAACCACUCGUCACAUCUUAGUGCCGCAACCACGCGAGCUAAAGGAAAGGACUCCAUGUCGUCUUGCCCUUGAGGAUAAAGUUUCAGGCAACAACAUUGUCGUGGCGGAUGGUAUGGUACAACCCUCAGAUGGUGCAUUGCCCCAACAUUUUACAUCGAUGAAGCCUGGUCACUAUAAAGUCCAAGUUGAUUUUGUUUACGACGGACAUGUUGAUGAUAUUCUUCCGGUACCUACGGGAGAUGGUUUCACUAACUUAGGCGGUGCUCUGGGUAGUUUUGUGCAAUGGCCCAUACACUUAGUGAUUUUCGAAGACGGCGAGGAUUGUACUUCACCUCCUAAAAAGAAGUCCAAGUCUAAUGUUUCUAAAGAGAGGGAUGGUAGCUCCAAGAAAAAGACAACGGUGUUAGCGGCCCAAAAGAAGACAACAGACUUACCAUCCAAGGUAAACCCUCUAAAACUCAUUCGAACCUAAAAUGACAUUUCCG